AUGGAGACAGAGCAGUGUUUGUCUUUCAGGCGGACCCCGCCGGCAUCGACCGCCCCGGCCGCCGCCGGCUCCCCGUCGCCGGGCUCCUUCCUGCCGUGCGACGCGUACGCAGCCGCCGCGGUGCAUACGCGCAACUUCGGAGGAUUCUCGUCCAACCGUCCUGCCUCGCCCCCGGGGAAGCACAGCAAGUUCUCGCAGCAGGCGUUCAACCAGGAGCACAAGGCCGCCGUCAUCAGCGGGGAUAAGGCGCCCAUCUACCAGCAAAUCCGUGAGAAAAAUGCUCUCAAGACCCUGGGCUACACCGGCAUGGGCACCGACUGCUUUGGCAAGCUGAAGGAGGCGGGUGGCGGUUUACCCGGCGGCGACUUGCCUAGCAGCAACUUCAUUGCCGACUCCAUCGACCUUUCGGGCAAGAACAAGAAGCGGCGCAAUCGCACCACGUUCAGCACCUUCCAGCUGGAGGAGCUGGAGAAGGUGUUCCAGAAGACGCACUACCCGGACGUCUACGCUCGCGAGCAGCUCGCCCUGAGGACCGAGCUCACUGAGGCCCGAGUCCAGGUUUGGUUUCAGAACCGCAGAGCCAAGUGGAGGAAGCGGGAACGCUACGGGAAAAUCCAGGAGGUCCGCAACCACUUCACCACCACCUACGAUAUUGCCCUCCUACCCCGCCAUGACACUUACCAGAUGCAGGGCAAUCUGUGGCCAGGGUCUUCAGGAGUCGUCGGCAGCGCGUCAGCUACCGGCUGCGUCCUCGGACCUGAAUCCUUACCGUCCUCCUGCAUGGGUGCGUACGCUCACCCUCACGGCAACCUGCAGGGCUUCGUGGGAAUCCCGUCGUCACCCAGCCACGCCCACCACCAUCACCACCACCACCACCACCACCAGCCACACCAUCCGGCCAUCAAUGGCCUCUACUCCCUCCACAGCUUCCCCGGCGUGGAGGCCCCGGAGAACGACUACAAGCCGACGGGCCUGAUGGCGCUGCGGAUGAAAGCCAAAGAGCCGGGCAGCAUUCUGCCAUGGCCGACAUGA